ACAUAAAUAGUCCUUACACAUUCUUAAGACUUAAAUUCCAAAUGAGUUAUCGUGAUUCCAUGCAUGUAGGCUACCUGAGUCACUGUGCUUUAGUAAAUCUCCCCUGACAACAAUAUGAAGGGGUCUGUGUUCUGACCAUGCCCAGGUGAACACACCUCCCACCCGACAAGUUUCCUCAUUUACAUACGAAAUUGCCAAGUGUGUCAGUCUUCACAUCCACCUCAGAGUUCAACUUCAACCUCACAGCGACGCAGAUGUCCAGUCGAUUUGAGUUUCCACAUGCGAGAUUGUUUUCGUGUGAUAAGCGGCAGGACCAUUUUACGGAAUGUGUCGAUGGAUAUAAUUGACAAAAGUUGUCGGUUGCAUCUGCAAGCGUUCAAUGGAUUCUGACUGAAAACUUCGCGUCGUUGUGAAGCUCGGAUAAUUAAUCGAAACUUUUAUGAAACAUUGCCAGGUAAUCCUCUGACGGAGGGGAGGAGCGACUGAACGAGGGAUGAUGCGCGUCAGGAGCGGAGGAGGAGAAGACGGGACACUCUUCCUUCAAUCGGUAGAGCGCUGUCGAGGAGAGAACUUCUAAGCAUGUCCAAAACUGCCUCCACCUCCUCUGCUGCCUCCACCGACGGCAAAGAUGGCGCCCCCAAGGCCCGGAAGGGCUCGUCGUCCAGCUCGGAGACGCCCAAGAAGGUGAAGGCCAAGAAGACGAGCGAGACCCAGAUGAACAAGGUGUACACCAGCCUGCUCAGCACCGUGUUUGGAGCGGAGAGGGAGCUGGCGCAGGCAGAGUUGGACGAGCUGGCGGAGGCCUUCAAGCUGUUUGAGCAGGGGGACGGCUACAUGAACUACAAGGACGUGGCAGAGUGCAUGAGGACCAUGGGGUACAUGCCCACAGAGAUGGAACUGCUGGAGAUCGUGCAGCAGAUCAAGAUGAGGAUGGGCGGUCUGAUGGACUUCGAUGACUUCUGUGAGCUGAUGGGUCCCAGGAUGAUGUCAGAGACGGUGGACAUGUUGGGACUCAAGGAGCUGAAAUCUGCCUUCCAACAGUUUGACACGGACGGAGACGGGAAGAUCACCCAGGAUGAGAUGAAGGAGGCGGUGAAGUCUCUGCUGGGGGAGAAGCUGAAGAAGGGCGAGCUGGAGGAGAUCCUGAAGGAGAUGGACAUCAACGGGGAUGGAGACGUGGACUUUGACGAGUUCGUCAUGAUGCUCUCCAUCCGGUAGCUGCCUCCUGUCGUCGCCAUGACAACGCGACACGGUCACCACGGUCACCGCGGCCCCCCGCUGUGAUGUCGACACGAUGAAUGGUUCAUCACCAGGAUGUGUGUGGCGCUGUUCCUCAGGGACGUGUAGAACGUGUUGGAUCGUGUCUGUAGGUACGCUACAAGAUGUCUGUGCCUAACCGUGUGCUGGUCUAGGUCUGACCUGCAUCAAAACUAGAGCAGUGCUCUGGGUCAUGAGUACGAACCUUUUGUUAGCGGUAUUUUGCUAGGUUAGUAUUGAAUCAUCUGCUUUAGAUACUUGAUGACUUGUAGAGGAGUUGGUUUUGUGAUGUUCUGCAAAUAUGACAUGUGAUAUGGAAAUGAGAGAAUGUUUUGAUAUUUUAAUAAAGAAACCUUAUCAACCCUA